AUGGAUCUGGCAACGGGCGCCAUGGGCACCCUGCUGCCCAAGCUGGCCGAGCUCCUCAGCAAGGAGUACAAGCUGCAGAAGGGCGUCAAGGAAGGUGUUAGAUCUCUUGAGGAAGAGAUGAGAAGCAUGCAAGCUGUCCUCCAAGUGGUGGGCGAGGUGCCACGGGACCAGCUCGAUGUCCAGGUCAAGCUCUGGGCAGGGGAGGUGAGGGAGCUUUCCUUCAAAAUGGAAGACGUUGUUGACAAGUUCCUGGUACAUGUCGAUGACGGUUCUCAGCCUGCCGGCAAGUUGAACAAGCUCAAACGGCUCACCAAGAAGAUGGCCAGCUUGUUCACCAAGGGGAAGGAUCGCCACGAUAUUGCACAUGCGAUCACUGACAUCAACAAGCAAGUCAAAGUGAUUGCUGAAAGGCGUGCAAGGUACAAUCUCGACAAUAUUGUCAUCAGGCCUGCAGCCGUUACAGUCAAUCCUCUCCUUCAGGCUCUGUACACGGAAAUGACAGAGCUCGUUGGCAUUGAUGGGAAAAGGGACCAAGUGCUAAUGAAGUUGCUCUCAAACGAGGACAAUGUGUCCAAGCAAAAGUUGAAGAUUGUCUCUGUUGUUGGAUUUGGAGGAUUGGGCAAGACUACUCUUGUCAAAGCAGUUUAUGACAAGAUCAAGGGGGAUUUCGAUUGCAGGGCUUUUGUUUCUGUCGGGCGAAAGGCUGACCCAAGAAAAGUUUUGAUGGACAUCCUUAUUGAUCUUGAUGUGGGAGGAAGUCAACUCACACUGUUGGAUGAAACACAGCUCAUCAAGAAACUCCGAGAAUAUCUCGACAGAAAAAGGUACCUCGUUGUAAUUGAUGAUAUAUGGGAUGCAAAAUUAUGGACAGUCAUCAACUACGCAUUCUCCAAGGGUAACAAUGCUGGUAGUCGGCUAAUCACGACAACUCGUAUAGUGGAUGUAUCUAAAUUAUGUUGCUCAUCUACUAAUGAUUCAGUUUAUCAAAUGGAACCUCUUAGUGAUGACGAUUCCAAAAGGCUCUUCCAUAAACGGAUAUUUUCUCAAGAGAAUGGAUGUCCUCGUGAUUUUGAAGAAGUAUCUAGAGAUAUAUUGAAGAAAUGUGGUGGUGUGCCAUUAGCCAUCAUUACAAUAGCUAGUGUUUUGGCUAGUGAUCAGAAAGUAAAUUCACAUGAUGAGUGGCAUAUUUUGCUAGAGUCUAUUGGGCGUGGACUUAUCGAACACCCCAGUAUAGAGGAGAUGUUGAGGAUACUAUCGUUCAGCUAUUAUGACCUGCCUAGUCAUCUCAAGACAUGCUUAUUAUAUCUAAGCAUGUUUCCAGAAGAUACUAGGAUCGAGAAAGAUCAGUUGAUAUGGAUGUGGAUUGCCGAAAGGUUCAUCCAAUGUGAAACAACAACAUCUAGUAUGUUUCAGAUUGGAGAAACUUACUUUAAUGAGAUUGUGAAUAGAAGCCUUCUCCAGCCGGUAUACGAUGGUCAUGGCAUUGUACAUGCCUGCCGUGUACACGAUAGUGUGUUGGAUCUAAUUUGUCUUUUGUCAAGGGAAGAGAACUUUGUCAGUGUAUUGAAUGGUAGCAUUUCAUCUCAGGGCAAUGUCCGCCGGCUGUCCCUCCAGAAGAUUACCGAAGAAGAACAUGAAACCACACCGCUCGAAUCUGUGAAUAUGCUACAACUGAGGUCCAUUGCAACAUUUGAACCUGCUAUUAGUCUAAUGUCUCGCCUCUCAAGCUUUGCUGUUUUACGUGUACUGAAUUUGAGUACAUGUGCACUUGGUGAUCAUAAUCUUCAGGGGUUAUGGAGUUUAGUUCACCUGAGGUACCUAGGCCUAUCCAAUACAGGACUUUGUGAGCUCCCGGAAGAGGUUGGAAAGUUGCAGUUUUUACAGGUGUUGGAUGUGAGUCGAAACCGUGGUAUAGAACGACUGCCAUCGAGUGUUACUAAACUGAGAAGAUUGAUGUGCCUACUUUAUGAGGAAAGAUGCAAUCAGCUUCCAGAUGGUAUUGGAAACCUGACAGCAAUGGAAGAGUUGAGUUGUAUCCAUGCUGACUCUCUAAGCAUUGUGAAAGAGAUAGGCAACAUGAAAAGAUUGAGGAAGUUUGAAAUUUUGUUUGAGCAAAUGAGCUUGGAGUUGGAGGAAGCUUUUGCGAAAUCACUAGAGGAAAUGUCCAACGUCCAAAGUGUAACCAUUCGUAUAAAAAAUGGUGGAUCUAAGAUGAUGGAUCUCUUGGGGGAAAAGUGGGUUCCCCCUCAAGGUCUCCGGGAAUUGAUAUCACAUGGUAAAAAAGGAUGUAAAUUCUCUAGGCUGCCAGCAUGGAUAAGAGAGAACCCCUCGCACCUUUCACAUCUCUCAAACUUACAAAUUUGUGUGAAGGAGGUGCAACAGGUGGAUGUGGGACUGCUUGGAAGAUUGCCGGCUCUUCAUACUCUUGCAUUGCAGAGCCUUCGCCAAGGGCUGCUACUUGUCAAUGCUGAUGGGUUCCGUUGUGUAACAAUAUUCUGCUUGUGGUCCAAUUCGCCGGGCCAAGUCAUAUUCCAGCCAGGAGCAUUGCCCAAGGCGGUAAUGGUUCUGCUCCAUGUCGGUCUACAGGUUUCAAAACAGGAAGCAGCUGGCGACGAUGGUGAUUUGUUUGACAUGGGUAUCGGGAACCUUCCGUCCCUUCAGAAUGUCAAUGUCAAAUUCAAAUUCUGCCCUUCGCUGCCACGACGGGACGUCAAGAAAGCGAAUUCUGCACUGGGGACUGCACUCCGUGCCCAUCCUAACAGACCCUCUUACGCCUCCGUACAAGAUGACGACAGUGACGACGACGAUGAGUGGGAGUGAAGAACCUGUAUGCAGGUUGUUACAUACAGUGUGUUUUCCUGUUAGAAAAUAACUCAUUUAAAG